UUGAAAAAUGAGUACGGAAGUGAGUUCUGACUGAGGAGCUGUCAGGAACAGGAAGUGGAGCAGUCGAGCAAACUUUGCUGUGCUUGAUCUCUCAAGUGAGGAAAAGUUGUUUCUCUUUCUCGUGUCGACAGUUUGUUGGGUCCCUGACCAGAGAUGACGUUGCAAUGGACAGUUGUGGCCCUCUUUCUCUAUGUGGAGAUUGGAGUCCUUGUCCUCCUCUCUAUACCAUUCAUCUCUGCCAGAAGGUGGCAGAGUAUUUUCCAGCUGAGGAUCUGGGGCUUCAUGAAAAGGUUCUGGUACAGAGUUUUUGUCACGAUGAUCAUAAUACUUAUCGUUCUCUUCCUCGAUGCUGUCCGUGAAGUGAGAAAGUAUUCAUCUAAAGAACAUGGCACAGAUGCCAAGCUGCAACCAAACAUGUAUGACCACCUGCACAUGAAGCUUUUCAGAGCCCAGAGGAACCUCUACAUCUCCGGCUUCGCUGUCUUGCUCUGGCUGGUUAUGAAGCGAGUGAUCACCCUGAUUAACCAGCUGGCAACAGUGUCUGGGGCGACGGCUGCUCUUCAGGCGCAGGCCGACAACGCUAACCGGGCUGCCAAGAAAUACACGGAGGACAAUGAGCUGCUAAAGAAGACUCUGAUGGAAGGAAAGAGUGAUGAGGCUAGUUCAGCGGGCGUGCAGCUGUUGAAAAAGGAGCUCGAGAAACUGAAAGAGGAAUUGAAGACCACAGGAGAUGCUCUGAAUAAGUCCCAGUCAGAGUCUGAGGUAAUGAAGAAACAAACGGACGGGCUUGCCAGGGAGUACGAGCGACUGUUGAAGGAACAUCAGGAGCUCCAGAAUCUUCAAGAUAGUGGAAACAAGAAGGAUGACUAGUUCUUUUUAAAGGUUUAAGCAUCACUUUAGCUGAGUCACGAGUGAUCCCUUGCAGCACAUGCUUUACAUUCAUACAACACGUCGUGUUACAAUGCACAUCACAGAAACAGGUUUGGCUCCUUGUUAGUACGGACGCUUGGCAGAUAUCAGUUAUGGUUUUAAAGCAUGAAAGCAAAUGCUUUUUAGAGCACCAGGCUGGCUCCAAAGUUAAUGAGUAAUAUUGAAUGGCUUCCUUCGCACUCAAAUUAAUAAGGCAGGGUAAUUGGAAAGAAUCAAGUGAGUGACUGACCCAGGUCUGAUGAUCACUUGGUGGGUUCAAGUCAUUUGUAGCUAGGGUAAGUUUCGUUUCAAGGCUUGUGUUGUUUGUGUCAGGCCAGUACACAGUGCAGAGUGUAAGAUCUGUCAGUAGCUGCAUAUUCUUACUGGUAAAAGUAUUACUGGUAAACCACUAUGAUUGUAUUUUGAUACUUAGAAGUUGCUUCCUUAUUUCUGUGUGUAGCUGCGAGUCUUCCUGCAUCCACUUUGAGCUUAAACACAGAUAGUAAGUUCUGUCUGUUGCUGUGCAAAUGUAGUUUGAAUGCCGAGUUGUGUUUAGUAAGAGCAACAUGACAUGUUUAUGUGUACUUUUUUUAACAUGUGGGGUCUUGUUAAAUUGUGACUGCUACCAAAAAAAAAUCUGUUUCGGAUUCUUCGUUCAUUUUUCUUUGGUUGUUGAGGACAAUUUUGUGUGAGUCACCUGCAGAUAUACAUGAAACAUGAUUUCUACAGGAGCACAAAGUAAUUCAAAUUUAGAUUUAACCAUUUGUGAUCUCAUUUUAGUCUUAAACCAAAUAUAUUCAUGUUUCUGGGCUGCAGGGGGUCCAGAGACGUAUAAUGCUGCACUGUGUUUCAAUUGUUUAUGUUUCAGUUAAGGGCACCAGUUGCACCAAGAGUCGCCAUGUAUGGUUUUCCUUGUAUUUCCGUUAUCCAUACAGUGUCAUGUGACUGUGAACGAGGAUCUGAGAUGGUUAUCACAGGAUGUGUCCAUGUUUCCCACGUUUUUCAUGCUAAAGCGAUUAUUGAGGUUUUUCACGUUUACUUUUCCGGUUGUGAAACUGCAAACAUGCAUCUGGAAGUGAUGUUCUGGUAUAUUUGUUGAAGACAUGAAUUGGAAUGAAGUGCCUUGCAGGUGGAUGCAAUACAUUGUGUUAAAUAAAGAUCUGUUUCUUUA